AUGUCGAAUAGUUCAAUUUCUCUUUUCGAGGACGAGGAAAUCGUCGAGAUCGUCGUCAUGGCUCUGCUCUCCCCGAUUUGUCUUGUUCUCAGUGUGGCCGCUUCCAUGGUCGUCAAACGGAAUCGUUUAAUUGCUGAUCUCGUCAAAUUCUACGUGUUAGUUGAUUUGCUCAACUACUCACUCAACGGCGUCUUUUAUCUGUUUUGGGCGACUCCGACUGCCGUUUGGAAACUCAACGAUAGCCUUCCAUUUCUCGAUCGUCUCUUCUCGACCCUUCCCUAUAUCGGCUUCUACAUAGGCAUUUCAGCAAAAACUUUUCUCGGUCUCAACCGCUGCUUCGCCAUCGCUUUCGACAGCCGAUUCAGUGCAAAAUUCGAGUCGACCCGUUGGUUCCAAUAUCUGACCGUUGCCUUGUUAACGUGUAUUGUUAUCGUCGUCUCAUGGGCAAUUCCUGGCUGUCAGCCAACGUUUGUCCCCUAUCCGACGAACGUCGUUUGGUUUGUCGAAGGCGAAUGCAGGGUGAUAACGGAUCGCAUUUUCGAGCUCAUGAACUACAUCUUCUGUCCGAUCUACAUCGUUCUCGACGUCACAGCUUUCUGGUUGAUGCGACGGCAUUUUCGGAGAAACAGAAGCAACUCAGCGAACAGCGACCUCAAAAGGCGACAAUUGGGAAUGGAAUAUCGAUUGGCUGCGAUGAUGCUGGUGAACAUGUUGACAUCGAUCGCCUUGUGGAUCGAGAAUCUCGGACCUCAAUAUCUGCUCACCGCCAACAGUGGUUUCAUCUUCUACACCGGACUCUAUUUGAUCGAUUGCAUUUUCAACAACUUUGCCUAUCUGAUGUUGUUGCAUCAAGGCAAUAACGUCACCAGAGUCCUCCCUCAAGCGAGAGCACCUUUCACGACGACACUCGAGUCAGAA